AUGAGCUACCUAAAUUAGAUUGCAAUUGGAAAACAAUUCGUGUAUUUUAUUUAAUGGCAAAUGCUAUAUUUUUACAGGAAUUAAAUUUAAUAUAUAUCACAAAAUUUAUAUUGUGUUUGUGGUAUCGAGAUUGAUUAUAUUGAAAAUCUUAAUAACUGUGAAAGUAAAUACUUAAGAUACAUCCUGUGUUACAUUUUUAAUAGUUUAACCAAUAAAUGUGUGGCAUUCAAUUCAUAAUAUGAAUUACAUGCAUGCAAAGUAAGAGCUAAAUCUUGUUAUUGGAAGGGUAAUAUUGUUAAACUUUAACUUGUAGUAUCCUCUAUAUCUCUAUAUAGAGUUCAAACUAUAUACUUUUGUUAUGAAAUUAUCAUCCUACAACUCUAUUCAGGUAUGCUAAUUAUAAAUUAAUGUAUUCGCAUGAAUAACUGAUGUGUUAAGUUUAUCUGAAGGUAAAUGCUAUCCUUAUACAAAUAAAACAACAAGAUGGACUUCAUAAUCCUAAAAUUCGGAGGAAUUUGAUAUUCUUGUUCUUUUAAGAUGAUUCCUAUAUACAAUUUUCCAACAUUUUAAUGUUAUUAAUAUGCUUAUUAAAAAAAUCUUUUGAUAUGGAUUGA